AUGAGGGCGUCGAAGCGGCCGCUCGGCGUGGUGAUGGCGUGGGUGCGCCGGCAGCCGCCCAAGGUCAAGGCCUUCCUCGCCGUGGUCACCGGCAUGGCCGCGCUCGUCUUCAUCCGCUUCAUCGUCCACGACCACGACAACCUUUUCGUCGCCGCCGAGGCCGUGCACGCGCUCGGCAUCGCCGUGCUCAUCUACAAGCUCACCAAGGAGAGGACCUGCGCCGGACUAUCCCUUAAGACUCAGGAUUUAACUGCAUUGUUUCUAGCUGUUAGACUAUACUGCAGCUUUGUCAUGGAAUAUGACAUCCAUACAGUGUUGGAUACUGCUACACUUGUGGCUACACUUUUUGUUAUUUACAUGAUUCGGUUCAAACUUAGGUCAACUUAUAUGGUGGACAAGGACAACUUUGCAUUGUACUAUGUGGUGAUACCUUGUGCUGUGUUGGCACUAGUUGUUCAUCCUUCAACGUCUCACAACAUCGCAAACCGGUUUAGCUGGGCGUUCUGUGUUUACCUGGAAGCUGUCUCAGUGCUGCCGCAACUGCGUUUGAUGCAAAAUACCAAGAUUGUGGAACCGUUCACAGCUCACUAUGUGUUUGCGCUGGGGGUUGCGAGGUUUCUUAGCUGUGCCCACUGGGUUCUCCAGAUUGCUUACCACAUGCGUCACGUGGUUCUGGACACCCGUGGGCGUCUGUUGACUGCGCUGGGCUACGGGCUGUGGCCAUCCAUGGUUCUCCUGUCAGAAAUCGUGCAGACCUUCAUCCUCGCGGAUUUCUGCUACUACUAUGUGAAGAGCCUGGUCGGCGGGCAGCUGGUGCUACGGCUACCCUCCGGGGUGGUGUAG